AUGCAUCCAUUUUCCAGCCAAUCUCGUGAGAGAUGCUCUCCCUCUCUCCUCUGUCUCUCCCCAUUUCUUCCCUCCGUUCGCAGUAGUUAGUGACCCUCACGUUCUUUUACCUCUCUCUCAAUCUCUUCUUUUCCGUCAAAGCUACAAAGUAAAGACUCUGCUCCCCUCUUCGCCUCUUCUGCUUCCCUUCAUUAUCCUCUGUUUGUUCUUAAAGUUGCCAUCUUGGAGUUUUUUCCCUUGGAGAAUUUUGUCUCAUAAGCGAAUUCCCAUCUGUGGGCUCCGUUGUUUUGUUUUCUUGCAAGGGAUCUUUCAAGGUGCUGCCUUUUUGUAGGCAUUCUCUUAUCACCUCUUUCUGGAUUCUUCCCUCUUGGUCGGUUUAAAAUUAGAGGGCAUCUGGGCUUUGUUUUCUUUUGAGCACCUUUGUGUUUUCGACCGUUAGUGGGUGGUUGCCUUUUUCUUGCUCUGUUUUGCCUCUCGGAGUCUGUUGUUGAUGUGUUGGGAGUGCAAUGUCUUUGGCCGUCGGAGCUUUUACUACUUCUAAAACCAUGGGCUUGGAGGAGAACAAAGAGGUCGCUGAGAAAAAUGGGAUCUUGAUGGCAAGGGAAGGAGUUAAAGAGGAGAAGGAGAAGAGAAAGGAUGGGCAUGAUGGAGAGGAGGGUCUCAACAGGCAGAUGAGUGUGGCUUCUCUGUAUGCCACCGAGGAUGAUGAUGAAGAAGAGGAGGAGGAGGAGGAUGGGAAAGGGACCAAGGGGAUUGAUUUGGGGCCUAAGCUCAGUCUCAAGGUUCAGCUGGAGAAAGAUAAGGAUGAUGAGAGCCUGAGGAGGUGGAAGGAGCAGCUUUUGGGGAGUGUGGAUUUGAGCUCUGUAGGAGAAAAUUUGGAGCCAGAGGUUAAGAUCCUGAGCCUUUCAAUCCAAUCCCCUGGUCGACCUGACAUAUUCCUUCCACUUCCUAUGGUCCCCAAUUCCAAGGGUGUAUGGUUUACUCUGAAAGAAGGUAGCAACUACAGGCUCAAGUUCUCCUUCUCUGUGAGCAAGAACAUUGUCUCUGGCCUACGAUACACCAACACAGUCUGGAAAACUGGUGUUAAGGUGGACAGCAUAAAAGAAAUGCUAGGUACCUUCAGCCCUCAACUUGAGCCUUACACAUAUGAAGCACCAGAAGAAACCACUCCCUCUGGUAUUUUUGCGAGAGGAUCGUAUUCUGCAAGAACAAGGUUUCUUGAUGAUGAUGGCAAAUGCUACUUGGAGAUCAAUUACACUUUUGACAUCCGUAAAGAAUGGCCGUCGACAACCAGCUGAGAGCACGCUUUCCAUCUAGAGAAUUCACAUUGCCUUCAGAGGCUAUGAAUUAUCUCAGCAAUUUCAGCAAAAUCUACGAGGGCAUCAUAGCGAAGCUUAGUACUCUGAGAUUUAUCCUCUCCUUUUACUUGUCAGUUUGCAAUACCAUUGUGGGUUAAGGAAUUUAUUUGUUCUAUUGCUUUGACUUCUCUCUUGUUGCAAGGUUUCACCAUCUGUAUAUGGAUUGUUUAGGAAUAGCAUUGACAGGAGUCGCAUCAAGGACUACUAUCAGUCUAUUUGUCAGCAUAUGUACACCAGCUUUUUCUUGCAUAUGUGAACUGAUUUUUAUUCCUCGAAGGUAUUUUUGUGUGAGAUUGUUUCAAGCAU